UGUGUGUACACCAUGGGAUGGGAAGCAAAGCCCCUCUCAAAAUCACUUAAAAGCUGUCUUUAAAAUGAUGUUCAUGGUCUCUACACAGAGAACUGACAAGCUAUAUUAGCUGGACAGCGACCUCCUGUCACAGAGGAGGUUAAGGACUGACAUUUUUUAAGGUGAUAUAGGAGAAGCUGACAAAGGAGAAAAGUGUCUGGUAAGUCUUCCCAUAAUGCAUUAAACUGCUGCGUUGACUCAUUUUGAUUGCUCUCCACUCGAGGAAAUAGGGUAACAAGUAGUACGCCUUUACGAUGCGCUUUACGGUAGCUGGCAUGUAGCAGUUUGCUUCUCUGCAUUGUGCUUCCCUAACCCGGGCAGGUGGGAGAGGCGGGCGCAGAAGCCCUGGGAUUUCACUGGGAGCCUUCUCGUUGCCGGAUGGCCUGCACCCGAGACCCCUUGAAGGAGAAGAAGACCGACAGACAGACGGGGGCCAUCUAUGUGUCCGUUAGGGGCCGCUUGCAGGAGCGACAGCCUCGCAGCUCCGGCCAGAACCCUUUCCUCGCCCACCGCUUGCUCUGGCACCCAGCCUUGUGCAGAGGCGACAACUUUUGCCGGGCACUUUCUCAGCCCACUGAGUGUCAACCCAUCCGCGGCGCGACUGGAUGCCGGACUCUCGGAGAUCCUGGAAGGAGACGUCAAGGGCGUCUGAUGCCUCCCGCCUCCACCUCCUAUGAGCAGCAAAGGGGUUGACAGAUCCCAGCACCGGGAGAGAUGCCCAAUGCGGGGCGACUGCUGGAAUCGGGAGUGACGGGCAAGUGGGGAGAGCGGCCGGACAUCUGCUGAGGCCCAUCUUCACCUUCCAGGCUCUGGCGGGCUGUGACUCCCAGAUUUGGGGGGGCGCGGUGGUGAGGUGAUCCUUGCUUGCUAUUCCAGGCCGAGUCUUCAACGGUCCUUCCUCUGCUAUGCAAGGCGGCUUGGCUAGUUCCCGGAGGAGAUCCCGCCCAGUUUGAUUCCGAGGGGUCUUGCAAGUUGAGCCCGCCCCAAGCAGAUCCACUUUCCACUGCACCCCAGCCUCCGAGGAUGGAGGUUCCGGGGGGCUGCCCUGAGCUCGCUCUGCCCCCCGACCUGAAGGAUCUGGAGAGCAAAGUAGGGCAGAAGCCCCCCGACGGGCUGCUGCGCUGGCUGCGGGAAGACCCCGCUGCUCAUCUGCUCCGGAGCAGCCCUAGCCGGGGGCUGCGCCACGGGCUUGGGGAGAAGAUCAAGGCGCUGAAACUGGAACUGGCCUACCUAAGAACAAUAGAUGUUAAGAUCCUACAGCAGCUAAUGGCAGUGAACGAGGGCAUAGAGACUGUCAAGUGGCUACUAGAGGAGAAAGGAAUGCUGACCAGCCACUGCAGCAGCCUCAACAGCAGCCAGUACAGCCUAGUGGAAAGUCAAGAGACAUCCCGACGGGGCAGCUGGAACAGCCUGCAGGACCCUAAUGACAAGCUGGACAGUAUCUCCAUUGGAAGCUAUUUGGACACACUGGCUGAUGAUAUGGAUGAGUAUGGACAAGGCUCUUCCGUAGAACCCAUAAUGUCAUCAACCCCAGGCAGACCCUUGGCUAGAGCUGAGCUGGAUAAAUCAAAGACUGACUCAGACAGGGCCCUUCCUGCCAAGAAUGUAAUCAAAGAGCAGGACAAAAGCAAAGCAUAUCACGAGAGGGUCCCCAGUUUGGUUAAAAACCCAGGCUCCAAUGAGCAAAACAGAGCUGUCACUCAGUCACUGCCAAUGGCCAAUGGGCUUUUGGGCAGACAAGUCCCAGGGUUGGAGCAAAGUGUUGAGGCGAAAUUCACUCCAGCAGCUACAGAGAGGUCAAGCAAAAGUAGUCCUACAGCAAAGGCCUCCAGGAAUAACAAAGUUGAUGUGGAGAACUGCAAACUGAAUAGCAGGAGGCACUUGGAGUAUGAUGCCCACUGGCACUGGGUUCAAUCUCAAGAUGAUGUGACAUUCUUGUAGCCUCCAAAGAAAAACCAUACAGGUCAAAGAUGAUGGGCUCAGGGACUCACAUGAUUAAUUUUUUUGCACUUUGGUCUGCAAACACUACUUUCCUUGCCAAAAUGGCUGCUUUGGUUUGACCAGAUGUGUGGGCACACUUGCUGGCAGAUACAGCAGGUUGUACCAAACUGGUUACAUUGUCCUUCCUUGACAUUAACCCCAAGAACCAGUAUCAUGAUGUCAAGUGAUUCCACUGCUCUGAGGGAAGUGUUUGGGCCCUUGCAUCCCUCAGCCUUGUGCAAUAACUGAAUACCUUCCACCUCCUGUCAUGGUCUGCCUCUGGGCAUAUGCUUACUACCCCCAGUUUCAAAGAAGUACAUUCACCUUGAUGGCAAUUAAGGACCUCACACAUUCAUGCAGCCACUUCCUUUCUUUGGAAAACAUAUUCCCCCUUUCCUGUUCAAGUUAACUGAGCAUUAUCCAAGGUGUUUUUGUUUUUUAAAAACAGAACCAGAAUAAUUUCUUUGACACAAUUUCUGUUUUCAUCACAUUCAUUACACUCUGCUCUGAUGUGGGAUUAUCUCUCUUUGCUUGCUAUUUCAAUACCGUUUUUGUGUUUAAGAAGGUAAUGAGGAAGUACAAUGAAAUCCACAAAUUCAUUUGCCACACCAACCAUAGUAAGGGUCUUUUCAUUUCUGGCAAGUAUGAGAGUUCCACCCCACAUCUCAAGUGGGAGUUGGGAGUAGUGAGUGAAGGAGCGAUUAUUUAGGAGUGGUUAUAUAGGAGGGAGUGAAGGAGGGAGGGAUUAUUCCUGAAGUUGUGCUGCACUUCUGAGGCACUCCAAGAAUCUAGGAAAUCCAGCAUGUCUGAGGGGAGGGUUUCCCCUUCCCACCCCCUGUUCCAAGCCAGGAAAGAGGGGUGAUACUUGUCCAUCUUGUGCUUCAUGUUGGAGGCAUUGCAGAUGCCUGAAAGCACAAUAGUGAACGAAAGCCCUCCUCUUCCUAAACUUGGAACAGGUUGGUGAAAGGGAAUUACCCUGACCUUGUGUUUCACUUCAAGCAACAAUCAGUACCUCAAAAGUGCAACAUAAUGUCUUAAGCAAGCCUCUGAUAUUUUGGUUGGCUACUAAUCCCAGCCAAAAUUUGUGGGACCCUCUGAAGAACAACUGAGAGUGUGCUCAUAGUUCUGGGAGCCAGCCUCAAGGUGUCAGUCAUGCACAAGAUUGCAAAAAAGCAUUCAGAACUUUGUUGGUACCACCAUCAGAUUUUGAGGAACCCAGACAACCUGAAAACCAAGAAUCUGAAAUUUCCAACUCUGCAUGCUUGUUUCUGAUGUGAGCUGUUGAGCUGUUGAUCACCUCAGUUUGCUCUAUUAUUAGAGAAAGGUAAACUUAUCUGCUUUGUAGGGGUGUCACAGACCAGUUUUUAAUCCUGUUGUGGGUUGUUCUGAUUUCUGUUGAACCUGUUAGUCCAUAUAGAGCCGAUUUGGGUGAGACCCCAAAGAGACUAGUUUGGGUCUUUAAUCCAAAUCCUCAGAUCUGUUGCCAAUAUGAUUUGUCAAUUCCUGUUCUAUUAUUCCAUUACCUUUAUCUUUAUUACUAUGGAUUUUGAAUUGCCAGCCCUGUUGAUAUCCUGUCAAAUUCAUAAACAGCAUAAUUCAGAUAAAUACAGGGGUGCUUGAAUUGCAAUGAAUAUGAUUCCCAAUUAUCUGGCAACCUUCUCUAAUUUUGCAGUAUUUCCAUUUAAGCCCCUGUGCUUAACCUAAACUAGAAGUUUCAAAUAAUAUUUUCAAAGUAUGUCAAUACACGUUCCAAAUUCCCAUGAUGUUUUCUGGAUAUCCUUUUGAAGCUAACUAUCCCAUUGUGUCUUUGAGCAAACUCUUGCUAUAUUUUCCUUUAAAACCUUUUGUGCCAAAUGAUAUUGUUUAACCCAACCAUAUAAUCUCUUCUGUAAAGGCCCAGUUAAAUAGUGCAUGUGUAUUGUCUGCUAAUUGUUUUUAAAUAUUUCUGAGUCUAUACUGCAGUGCAACUUGCAGCAAAUAUGCAUAACCAAUUAGAAUGUGCGUGUUUAACCUGGGACUUACAUGCAAUGAAGAGAAAUAUAGAUAGCAUCUGAAGUUGAUCAUGGAACUGAAUCUUCAAAUGGAAGUCUAGGAGGUCGUUCACACAAAACCCAGGUAGCUUUCCCUCCUACCUUGCACAAUCACUUCUACCCAGGUUUUCCUCCUACGUUGCUUCCACACAAUCAAAAACUGGGAGCACACACAGCUCCCAAACCUGGGUAGAACUUGUCUUUUUAUUGUGUGAAUGACCUCUAGUUCUGUGAAAAUACCAUUUUCAAUUCUAAUCUGAAGUUUUUCAAAUAACCUGUAUUCAGUAGGUUUACACUGCUGGUGGUGAGCAGAAUGCACCAUCCAAGAUUAUGUCUAGUAGUCUUCCUUGUGGUUGUCCACCACUUUAUUCUUCUUUUUUGACAUGUAAAAUCCAGUCUUUCAUUGUAAUCAAUCUCAUUUGGGGUUAUCGCCCACAGCAGAAAAAAUAAUCAGAUCCUCAGGGUUAAAUAGUGCUGUAAAAUAAUUCUAGCAGUUUAUUUCCAUUCAGGAAAAGGAAGAAAGCAUAUUACAAAACCAGAAUUGUGGAUCAGUACCUUAAGGGUUUCCCCCCUACUAGCCAGGAGGGAGCCACUUAGAUUUCAUAUGGUCUUCCAAGCUGCCAAGGUCUCAAUGUGUUCCUUUUCUAAGCUUUUCCCUUUCUGGUUUGCUCUGGUUUGUGGUAGAGAGCAUGUGUUGUGGAAGGGCCAAAUAAUCCAGCCUCAGAAGGACAGCAACUAUGGUGGCUGCUUUGAGAGGAGACUUAUACUACUUUAUCUGUCGGUGUUAUAUCACCAAUGAAAGCGUUCUUUAUGCCUGCCAAUAAUCUGGCACCUUAGUUUGGGAGGGCAAGAGCCAUCGUAGCAAUGGUAUGGACCAGGGAAUGACAUGAUGGGUAGGAACAGAAUUUAUAAGCAAUACUGUAUCAUUGCUGUCCAUUUGAGUCUCUCAAUAUACAGUCGUGAUUCAGAACUAUAGUAAACUUUCUUUAUGCUUCUUAGCCUAAACAAUGGACUACUUGGAAUUCAGGAAUUGUUUCAUGUUAAUGUUUUCUUGGAUAUUAUAUUAGAUAUAAUAUUGGAUACUAUAUUUUCUUGGAUAUUAUAUUAACAAUGGCAACAACAACAAACAACAACUACUCCUCAGAUUUGGAAACCCUUCCAAAGUCUAUUGGAUUCAUUGCUUUGGUAUCUGAUGGGCACCUCAUUAUUAUUUCACCUUUAUCAUGUUAUGUUGGCUAAAAUCUGUAAUGGACAGCACAUGGUCAUUUCCUGUGGCCUAUCAGUUGAUCUCCCUUUAACCCAUAGCCUUACUGGGCCUUGUACCACUAUCCCCUUCCCAACAUGGUGAUGCCAUUGUACAUGUGAGCAAUAGAAUGGUAAUCUGGAAAGAGGCCCUGAACUAAUGUUAAUUAAAUAAUGUUACCAGUUUGCUGCAUAAAAUGGAGUCUGCUGGUUGAUCUUCAGUUCCAUGGAGGACAUGCUGCAGGUAUGGCAUUUGUCUACCUUUGGUUCAAUUAGUCAAGCAGUUAGAUGGGGGGUGGGUGGGCGUGAUCCUACUGAGCAAUGAGAGAACAUCAUGGUAGAUUAACAAAAUACCAAACAUAUAAAAUACCAAACAUAUGAAAUGUAGGGACCAGCUCUCCAAGGAGAGAGAGCUGGGCUUCUGGUAGCAAGCAUGGCUUGUCCCCUUUGCUAAGUAGGAUCUUCCUUGGUUUGCAUUUGAAUAGGAGACUAUAUGUGUGAGCACUGUAAGAUAUUCCCCAUAGGGAAUGGGGCUGCUCUGGGAAGAGCAUCAAGUUACCUCCCUGGCAUCUUCAAGACAAGGUUGAGAGAUAAUCCUGCCUGCAAGCUUGGAGAAGCCACUGCCAGUCUGUGUAGUCAGUAUUGAGCUAGAUGGACCAAAGGUCUGACUCAGUACAAGGCAGGUUCCUAUGUUCCUAGGGAACAAUAAGUGAAUCCGCAAAACAAGAUUUUUAAAAGUGUGAUUUUUCAGGUGCCCUUGUUGAAAACAAAACCCACUGUCACUUAUAUCUUGUACUGCACCCCACAAAGCUUUGAUUUCAAAUUCCCCAACCCAAUUUCAAUUUUGUGGGGAGUGGGGAGAAGGUUGCAUAUUUGAUUUCAUCUACAAACACUUGCAUUCAGAACUGAUGAACACAUAUAUGGCAAAUUCCUUGGAUUUUGAAUAUGUACAUUUUCUUUCAGAGCAUCAACAGCUGUAUUCAAUUUGAACAGCAUACACUUGGAAUGAAUUUAAAGUUUACCUCAAAACCUGUACCGUAUGUCCAACAAUAAUAGAAUCAGAGGACCGAAUAAGACCCAGUGUCGUCUGGUCAAACUUUCUGGGCAGUCUACCAAACCAUAUCCACAUGGAUCAGCAUACUCAAUGCAGAGAGUAGGUGGACAGCAGAAAAAUACCUGCCCAGCAAAUAAUCCCAGGUGAUUCAUGAGUCAGGACCAAGUCAUGUGCUGCAGGGGAACGCACAGAUUCUCUAGAUCAUUCAUUUGAAAGAAAAAAAAUGCCAAACAUGGCUUAUCUCUAAGUUAUAAGAGUGCAGAACAUCAGCCUUGGAUGAACUUCAUUGAAUAACCAUGUUUUAUUCCUCCAGCAAUAGCACACAUCAUCUGGGGUCUUUCAAGCAUUAAAACAUUUGAUCCUUUUA